AUGGCGCUUUCUUGGAAAAUAUCGUUGACAGCCACCUGGUCUGUGCUAUGGAUCUCCGUUCAACAUCGAUCAUCCCGAGAUUUUCCCUUUUCACACACUCUCGGCGCCUACCAUAGUACAUCAUUGUAUCAACUGGCUCAAACGCCUCGAUCAUCCCUAUCCUGGGUUUAUAAUAAUUCCUCUUUCAGAAACUGCAUAGUCCUUAAGGUACUUUGUGUAUUAUGUGUACUUUGUACACUACUUUACGCCAACUCGACUGUGAAUAUUGAUCCUUCAACUCCACUUCGUUGCAGGGAUUCAGAUGCGUCACAGUGA